UACAGGUGGCGGGAUGGUCUCGAUGGCCCCCCCGGGAACUCCCCUGCUUUGUGGUGGGGCAGAAACGGGGGUUGGGCCUCCGACUCAGCCCACCCACGGCCUUGAAGGUCUUCCAGCAGGAGAUCGCCCCAGAAACAACAUGCAGCGAAUUCUAGGUGUGCCCCAGGCCCUUGCCCGUAACAUCAGCAGCUUCCCCGGAAAAGCAGGAUUUGGCCCGUGUCUCACGUGCGUGUGGACGGCAUCCCACGCUGAUCCCAGGAUGGCUCUCCUCGGCCACUCCAUCCCUGAACGGAAGGGCGCCAAGGCUUUAUUGCCCCCCGGGGGCAUCAGAGGUUCACGGGCAAGGGACCCAUGAAGACAGCCUUCGGGACGUGCCCAGAGGACAGGAGUGGAGCCAGUAACAGGUGGAAGGAGUUGGCAGCUGCUGGAUUUGGAAGGAUACUGGGAUGGCUGUCGUUAAAUGUUAAACGUCAUUGAGGGACCAGUUAAUUGGCUAUCUGGAAAAAGCGCUACCAGACUCCUGAGUUUGGGCCGCAUUAGACUAACGCAGCUCUUGUGCAGAUGUUUGAAUCGUGCAGAAAACGCCCCCUUACUUUGCUGAACAUCCCUGCUCUGGGGAUUUGUGAGUUCCUGGAGACGGCUCACGUGUCUUUCUUAAGUAAACAGAGGACGCCGUCAUCUUUCUCUCACAGGCUCACGUUUCCCUCAAGGAAGUGGCCGUCAGUUUCACGGAGGAGGAGUGGGCGUUGCUGGACGCGAGCCAGAGGGCCCUCCACCAGGAAGUCAUGCUGGAGAAUUGUAGGAAUGUGGCCUCUCUGGCAGGUGAUGGGCAAGAGAAGGCGGCCUGGGAGGAGGCAGGGCUGAUGCCAUCUGGAGUAAACUUGUAUCAUGUAAAGGAAGAAGAGCUUCAGAAUCGGUGGGAACUGCAAAGAUUUGAGAAAAUCCAGUCAAAUGAUAGAUGGGAGAAAUCAUCUACUUCUCGCCCUCCAGAACUUUAUGGCUUCCUGAGCCAACAAGAUCAAAGGGGAAAAUGUCUGGGUUAUGGGGCGAUACGGAGAGAUGAACCUGAUUUUAGUCAAGAUUGCAAAACCCACACUGAAGAUCAAGAGCGUGACUACAGAGUGCACGGGAACCGUUUCAGCCAGAUCUUUCCCUUUUCUUUACAACCAAGAGUCUACACCGGAGAAAAACGCUACAAAUGUUUGGAGUGUGGAAAGAGCUUCAGCAUCAGCAGUUAUCUAAUUUCUCACAGGAGGAUCCACACUGGGGAGAAACCGUACAAGUGCAGGGAGUGCGGGAAGAGCUUCAGGGUCAGUGCAACACUCACGCGUCAUCAGAUAAUUCAUACCGAAGAAAAACCAUACAAAUGCACGGAGUGCGGGAAGAACUUCAGUGACUCCAGCACCCUGACUUCCCACAAGAGGAUCCACACAGGGGAGAAGCCAUACAAAUGCCUGGAGUGUGGGAGGAGCUUCAGCCAGAGCGGCCACCUCACCGCGCAUAAGCGGAUCCACACCGGGGAGAAGCCCUAUCAGUGCCGGGAGUGUGGGAAGAGCUUCCGGUGGAGUUCCCAGCUGUCUUCUCAUAUAAGUAUCCACACUGGGGAGAAACCCUACAAAUGUCUGCAUUGUGGGAAGAACUUCAGCAAGAGCAGCGACCUUACUCGCCACCAGCGGAUCCACACUGGAGAGAAGCCCUACAAAUGCCUGGUGUGCGGGAAGAGCUUCAGUAUGAGCAGCACCCUCACUUCCCAUAAAAGGACCCACACGGGGGAGAAGCCCUACACGUGCCUGCUGUGCGGGAAGAGCUUCUGCCAGAGCGGGCACCUCACUUCCCAUAAACGGACCCAUGUAUUAGGGGUCGCAUCGCAUGCAUAGAUCGUGGACGGCGCUUCAGCAGGAGCUGCAUUUCUCGAGAUGCAUAAAUUAAUCCACAGAGGGGAGAAACAAUAUAAGUUAUCAAAUGCAGAAAGAUUUGUGAUAAUGACCUUAUUUUGUAUAAAAGAAUCUAUGUAGGUGUGAGACAAAAACUCAGAGAACCCCAAUGAAGGGCAGUGCACAAAAACACUAGAACGUGAGAAAAGUUUUAGCAAUAGUAAUUUCCUUAAUAUACAUAUUAAAAUAUCCAAACCGGGACAACCACAUGUAUAUGUGGAACAUGCAAAGAGACUCGAGUUAUAGCGAACAGAUUUCCAGUAAAAGAAUAUAGAUGGGUGAGAAGCCUUGGCGUGUGGAAAAUGGCUCAUUGAGGAGACUCAAAUUAGUCUGCAUCCUUUCCUAGUAGGAAAAAGAGCUCAGUGUGGAAGAGUUGCUAAAAAUUAAAUGCAGAGUUUAAUGACAUGUGGAAAAUGGUCACCCCGGAAUAGUGCAGCUGAGUCACAAUGGUGGGAACCGGGUCGAGGAAGAGCGAGGAUCAGAACAAACCGAAGGAUGGGAAGUCAAGCAGAAGGUCUUCCGCAAAAGGAAGAGAGAAAAUGCCAGCUCUUGAGUGAAGGUUAAGGGGAAAAG